AUGGUGAACACCAGACGUGCUCGACGACCGUCACCUAUUCGACAUCCCUCAUCUACCCAGUCACCCUCUCAAAGAAGGUCCUCGGCCUCCAGACAUGUCGACGAUCAGCUGCGUCAUGGUCCAGUGAUGUCCUCUCGACACGAUCACGUGCUCGAGUCGAUCCAUGCCAGCGACCUGCAGCCUCAUGGAGAAGUCGAGAGACCUUUGCCCGUCACACAGGAAGACUUAAGGAGACUGGCUGAACAAUUCAACGACACUUUAGAGCGCAUCCUCAGUGUCGCCGUGUUGAACCUCCGGGAUGGUAAUGAAGGUCCAUCUCGACCCAGAGGACAACCAAGGUCAUCGGUGGAGGUCCUAGCCCAGCGGGAGACAAGAUCAUGCAUCCAGCCCACCAGAAGCACGCUCUCUACGAGAGGCCCUCCUUGGUCCGAAAGAGACCCUGAACUACCACUGAAUCCUCCUCGACACACAGGGGGACAUCGAACAUCGAGAAGCCUCCCCCCGCCACCCCAGAGGCAUGGCCGAAGCGAUGCUCGAAAUAUGAUUGUCCAACGAAGACUCAGGAGAGGUGAGCUUGACGCCCGCGAAAUCAUCAACUCUCGAAGAAGCGAGGGGAGACAGGGAGAUGUCGGGGGGGGGGGGGAGGUCUCUGCUCACUCUCAACAUGAGAGUUCAAGAAGAUCCCUUGAUUAUCCUCGACACUCCCUCACCCCAGUGGAACCCCCAAGAUCUCAACACGGAUCCUCUCGAGAACGAGAUCAAGAAGAAAACUCAAUCACAUCUGGAAGAAGAGCGGAUAGACACACCCAAACAGGGAGAGAACCUCCUCGGACCGGGAGACGGGAACCAACCCCCCUCGAGAUAAGGUGCAGCUCGGCAACCUCAGCUUCCUAA